AAGUGUGAUCCAAAUGUUUCGAAAGAAGAGGACUCAAGAUCGUAGUGAAAACUCAGAUUGUAGAUUAGAACCACUGAUUCUGCACAACUCUAGAAUGAAAUUUUCUGCAGAGCAAUUACAUAAUUUGAAUUUUAUAUUCUACAAGAAGUUACAAUCCAAGCAGUGUCGCACAGAUACUAUUUUAUUACGAGCGAAAAACGUUGGCGAGAGAUUGGUCCAGAGGUUAUUAUGUGUAGCAGGAUCGGCAGAUCAAAGAUUUGCUUCAAAGUUUCUGAUAGAUAACAAUCCUGAAGCGAUUUAUAACAACUCCAACAAAACAUUAUCCUUCUUGGUACGCUUGGAUGAAUUAUCAACUCCUCCCUUGUAUGAUCUGGAUCCUGCAACCAAAUUGGAAAUAAUUGAAAACGAUUCGGACUGUCCUUCAUCAUACUGUAAAAUAAGAAUUCCAUCUUCAAAAACAAAGACUUGGAAUGAGUUUAUCAAUCCCAAUGGGUUUCUUAGGAGAGACAAAGUUCAAACUCGGUUAGUGAAACUACUAGCAGAAGCAGCUGAUAAGGGUGGUCCACUCUCACCAAGAAGUGUUGAUGAAUCAGUGGUAUGUAGUAUACCUGGAAAGAUUGUGGAUGCAGCAACCUUAAACAAGAUUUUGAAAGUACCUUCUUUCGAGCAACUUUACUAUGGACCAGGUGGAAAGGAUUUAGGAUUCCCAGAUCCCUCUAAUUUUCGUAUAGCUAUAGUUGACGAGCCACAAGGUAUUAUACUGAGGUUGGAAUUUCUAUCACCAGCUUAUGACAAUAUCUGUUUGGACAUAAGGCUCUUGAUUGCGAUAGGUGUGGAUGCUUGGCCAUCUUCUACAAGUUAUCCUGGGAGAAUUCCAUUGAUUCAUCCUGAUUGCUUGCUGUAUCAUAUGGCAGCUGAAACGGGUAUGUAUCUUGUUGGUUUUGGUGUCCAAUCAUCUGCAUGGCAAAUUAGAGUACCAGCUGCAGAAUACACAAUACUUAACCACUAUGGCAUAACCAGUACAAUUAGGAUCAUACUGGACAUUCUGAAGAUCUUAGAAGAAGAAAUUGACAUCCCAAGAAGACUGAAACAGUACCAAUAUUCUUACAAAAUUCUUCACAAAUAUAUAUACCUCACUGCCCUUUUCGAAGAAUUAGAAAGCAACUCUAUCCAACCAUUAAAAGAUGCUGUGAACUGGUCUUCCAUGCAUCUAUCGAGAAUUGUACUCAUAAUAAUGGAUAAACUUAUAUUCAAUCUGACUCAACAGAGACUUUCCAAUUAUUUCUUCAAACAAGCAAAUUUGAUGGUGAAUCCUGGGCAUUUGUCAGAAGAUGAUUAUAUUAUAGAGGCGAAUAACGUGAAGAUGUUCAUUUACAAACUUUUCGAUGAAUCUCUACAAAAUCUUUCAAGUGACGACCAAUACAGAACAAUGACCAAAACACAAGAAAACGAGAUUAAUCUACUCAUUAAAUGGGCAGAACUGAUAGAAGGAAUGUUGCCACACCUUAAGCCCAAAAACAAUGGAUUUUGUCUGAUGAAGUCUCGCAAAAUGAAGAACUAUGAACAACUGCAUUACUCAAGGUAUCAGUUAGAAUACAUCAGUUUGGUAUUGUGGAGUAUUCUAAAUGUUCGUAAAAAGAUUCUGAAGUCUGAAACAACGCUUGCAUUUAAAUCAGAUAUAUACGAAAAUGAAGCACGGGUGGAAGAUGUUAUAUACCUAACGAUAAUCCUCAUGGACCAAGCUAGAUACCACUACAUGAAGAAUAUGAAACAAGAUAAGAAGCAGUCGAAAUUUGAAAGGCAAUAUGUCUUACACACUUCGAAAUUCAUAGAACUUUUAAGAGAAGAUCAAAACAUAAAAUCUUUGAAUUUAGAAGAAGACAUUGUUGUGGUGGGUACUAUUGUCAAUAUGCUUCACAGAGCUGUAGAUUUUGAAGAGAAAUAUAUUGGUCGUGUUCUACAACCUUAUCUGAAGGAUUUAUAUGAAAUUUCAUUCGUAAUAUCCUGGCACUUAGAAGAUAUAAAGAGAAGAUUGAACGAUGAUGAAUUGAAGUCCUUAGGUUGCUUCUGUAAACUGGUGAAUUCUGGAGAGAUAACACCUGAACAAGGCCUCGAGGAUGCCUUGGAGAAGAAUUGGACUUGGGCAAAAGACAUGAUGGAACUGAUAGAAAAACGAGAAGUUCGGAUUUUUCUUAUUCCUGAUAGAGAGAAGGUUAACCAAUAUGUUGUAUACCCAAAUGAAAAAUCCAGUGGGGAUACUAAACGUAGAAAUUUACCCAGAAGGAAAGAUACUCUACUAGGUCAAAAUUAUUUCAAUACUCUCAGAUCUAAAGACCUUGAGGAACCAAAUGAUGACCAUAUUCCUCAACAAGAACUUUUGAAAAUUAAGAGCCCACUGACUUCAAUCAUAAGUAGAAUUCACAGGAGAGGAAUACACAGAGGUUGUGGAGACACAUUCAUGUCUCUUAUUCACAUGAGGAAAAUGGGUGUUUAUCAAGAAAUAACAUCAACAUUAUCAGAAGAGGAGAAGAUCAAUCUCAAUGAAACUAUUGAUGACAUUUUGGAAACUCGCAACCGCAAUUGUAACGAAAAAAAUUGGACAAACACCUUACCUAGAGUUCAUAAAAAUAUCUCUUUUACUCCGAAAGGUGACGUUCAGAUGUACAAACCGAUGGAAGAAAGUGCAGGAAUCAGAGAGAAAGAAUUACAGAAUGAGCAACCAGGAUACGAGACAUUGAUUAGAAAGUGUAGGACAUUGAGGAUGAAAGAAAACGAUGUUUAUUUUCCAUCUGUUAGUAAUACGAAUAAAAAAGAAAUGCUUAGAAAAAGCCAAUCAUUCAAAUAUUAAUAUUCUCAUUUUAUAAUGUAAACAACACAAUUCUAAAGAUAUCCAAAUAAUAUUUUAUAUUGUUGUAUAGCUUCAUUUUGUUAUUUUUUUUUCUAGAUUAUAAAUAAAAGUGUGAAGAAAUUAAUAAAUUCAA